CGGGGAUUCGCUGGCUACUGUAUUGUAGCCUCAAUUCAGGAAGCUCAAAAUCUACAGGGUGCAACGAGCUCAGUGCUCUAUGAAAGGUGGAUUAGCUGGCCUUCAAGUUCAAGGCUCAGCAGACACCACCAUAGAAGGUUGCUAGCUGAUUACUAUCGUUUAGAGUGACACUGCAAAAAGGGCCGGGCCCGCAGCUCAGUGUUCGAUGGCCACGUAACCAAGCAGCUGCCCAGAGGUUCGCCAAUCUUGCAAUGCGGACUGCUUUUCAUUCUUGCGGCUUGCAUAUGAGAGGGACUUCUGUCAGCUAGUUAUACACCAACAGCUCGUAUUCCUUUGAUGUUUGCUUGAGCUCAACUCUGAAGACGUUGAGAAGUCAACGCACAAUUGUUCUUGCCCCUGAAGCAACAGCAAAAGCAGGAUGACAAGCAAAACUGGAGCCACUACUACUCUCAGCAUUGCUGCUCUUGGGGCUGGAUAGGCAACGAUUAGGCGCUGAAACGGGUAACCAUUAAGACACUGCACAUGAGUGAAGUGUGCCAUGUCAAUUGAGAUCUACCAUGGACCGCCACAAUAAAGAGAGGGGACUGCCAAACCUGAGGCAAGAACCGAGCCUACCAGUCAGCCCGCCGUCCGAUACAACUGUGGGACAGUUUGAUGGACGGAAGAGAGAUGAUGCUGCGCCUCGUGACACAGACGGCCAUUGGAGGAGCAAAAGCAAGCUGGUUUCUGACGAGAGUCUAGGUAAGGACUGGGGGCGACCUCCCUCUGGAAAAGUAUCCAAGAAAGGUCCAGCGGUGGAUUACGAGAAUGGUGACAGAAGUGGCGGUGGAGAGGGUCCCGCGUCUCGGUCCGAGGAUGAGCGGCGAACGGAGGGCAGAGAGAGGCGGGAGAGCAGGGGACGGAAGGAAAAGGCAAGUGUUCGAACUGUGGAGGAGGAACGACUUAACAGUAUUUCUGAUCAGCAAAAACAUUUGAAUAGGAAUAAACGGGAAAUGGCGUCGGCCAGUGACGCCACUUGGUCUGAAAAGCGAAUGGAUUCCGGAGCCGGAUUGGAAGAGCGGACUGACGGCUUGGCAGGCGGAAGGGGAGCAGAGAAUCAAACGGACGAACGGGAUGCGGAAAGGAGCGGAACACGAGGAACGGGAAUAGCAUCCAGACAGACGACAGAACGGAGGAGGGAACGAGCCAACGACCGUUCCGAAGAAGAGUCGACGGAACGAUCUAACGGAGGAGGAUCGGAGAGACGGACGGAAAGAAGUGCGGCAGAGGAAGAAGAGCGGAGGCGGCGGAAAGAGGAGCGGCGGAUAAAGCGGGCGGAAAAGGAGGCGCGCCGGGCCACGAGAGCCCAACGAGGGGAGGGGGAAAGCGGCGAAGAAACGACGGGACGCCGGCAGAGUGGCAGAGAGACGAUCCGAGAGCGCAUUGCAGAUGGGUUGCCUGCCAGUCAAAGUGGAAGCGGAGAUCGAAACGAACGUCGAGAAGACAGAGGCAGGGACGGGACGUCCAAAACAGACAGAAGCCGAGAAAGGGAAAGAAACGCAGAAAGGAUGUUGGAUUCAGAAAGAAUGAGAAGAAGCGGAGCGGGAAGAAGGGACGAUAUGAACGGUUCUCCAAGUGGACCACCUGUUUUGGGGAACGGUUUGCCAAAUGACACAGGGGCCUUGGAGACCGGGUCAAAAGGGCCGGUGAAUGGGGCCAGUGGUAAAGGCGCCAACGGGCGGCUGGGGCGAGGGGUAUCAUUUAUGAACGAGGUCUACGAAGAGAACGACGAAGCCAUGUUGCUUCACUCGACGUUCAAGUACGACGAGUCGACGGGCCAGCUGACCAGCACUCUCGCCAGCUCCAUGCCUGCGGCCGAAGAGAAGAAACAGCGACUCUACAUAGAGGGGGUGACGGACGGCAACUUUCACAGAACGCACACAGGGAGCGAGCAGGGUGACGUCAGCCUCUGGUGCUGCUGGCGGCCCGCCACGUGGCAGCGCCGGGACGCCGAGGACGAUGACGUGGAGCUGGGCAGCUCGGGCGGCAUCGUGCUGCGGGUCGCCUGCGAGCAGGUCGCCGCGUGCCUCUCGUUCGUCGCGCACUUUUCCAACAGCUUGCUGGGGGGGUUCGCGCUACUGAAUCUGUAUCUGACGUACCUGUACAACGCCGGUUCGCUCCCCGGCGGCUUCCUGGCGUAUUACACGCCCGUUGCAAUCAACUGCCAACGGACGUUCCUCCUGCUGUCGUCGAUAUGUCUCCUGGCGGCCUGCGACAAGUAUGCGAAGGAUAAGCUUGCGGAGUGGCAGCCCCGGGGGAACGUGCAGUGGCGGCACGACCUGCUAGUCAUUCUGUCCUUCUUCCUCGCGUUCGUUCUUUCCGUCGUCGGUACCCCUUUCGAGGUGUACAUCUUCCAACAAAACAAGUCGUCCCCAGAUUGGUACAGCACAGAUGGAUCUACCGCCCAUUUCCAGGCGCGUCUCAAGUCGUGGCACGUGCUCAACUUCGUACGGUUAGGAGCAUGUGCAGUAGGCUUCUUCGUAGUUAUGCUCGAAGGGAAUGUAGCUUUGCGGACGGCACGAAACAAGUCUCUGCAAGUGGCUCGGUUAGAGAGGACAGCUGGCGCAGCGGCACUGGCUAACUCCCUCGCCCGGGCGAACGUGAUGACUCAGAGCAUGCAAGCAACUCGCUACAGUCUCAGAUCGUGACAUGGGUAUACAGUGUAUAAAGGUUUGUCCUUAGCAAUCUGCAGCUGAGGCAGCGGGAGAGACUUGCUCACGUCUCACAUUGAAGGCAUUCUAUAACUGAUCGCACGCAAAUAAAGCAGGCCCAAUCAGAGCAGAUCUCCCGUUUGAAGAUUACAAAUUCCCGCGC